AUGAGAAGCCAGCUACUUAGUGCCGUAGAACCCCCUCACCCGCUUGGGAUGAACGAAGAGCGGCCGGAAAAGGCAUGUCGAUCCCGGUCCGAUUCGGCGCUAGUGAUCUUCGCUUACGCACAAGUUGCCUUCUUUCACCAUCAUCUAUCCUUUCCUCCCAUCCGCCAGGUAAAAGCUAUGGAUAAACUCAACAUUGAAACGAAGGUAACGUUACGGGAUGAAUAUCAAAUGCCUGUGUUGGGCUAUGGCACCUAUGAGCUGGAGGGAAACGAGGCAUACGAGGGGGUCUUAUCGGCUCUUGAGGCAGGGUAUCGACACGUCGAUUCCGCCACAUGGUAUGAGAACGAACGGGAGGUCGGGCAGGCCAUCCUCGACUUCUGCAGGACCUCCGGCACGCCGCGAGGAGACGUUUUCUACACGACGAAACUAAAAUUGAACAACGGGUACGAGAAUGUCAAAAAAGCGGUCCAGCGCUCUCUCGAUGUGUGUGGGCUCGGGUACAUCGAUUUGUAUCUCGUACAUGGGCCCAUUGGGGGUCCGGAGGCCCGGAGAGAGAGCUGGCGUGCGAUAUGCGACUUCCAGAAGGAGCACCCCGGGCUCUUGAGGAGCGUUGGUAUCAGCAGUUUCGGGAUCCGCCACAUGAAGGAAAUCAUUGAAUCGGGCCUGCCUCUGCCUGUUGUUCAUCAAAUCGACCUGCAUCCUUUCAUGACCCGCACCGACAUUGUUGCGUUCUCGAAGCAGUACGGCAUCGUCAUGCAGGCCUGGGGCCCACUUGUGCGCGGAUAUCGGUUCGAUCACCCGACACUUGCCAAACUCAGUACAAAGUACGAGAAAGACGCAGCCCAAAUCUUGCUGCGGUACUCUCUCCAAAAAGGCUAUGUCCCGCUGCCCAAAUCAGCGACGAAACAGCGAAUCAUUUCCAAUAGUAAAAUUUUUGACUUCAGUCUGACCGAAGAGGAUGUUGCAGUCCUCGACGCUUUAGACGAGGCUCUGGUAACUGAUUGGGACCCAACGGACUGCGCAUGA